AGCUGGACCCGAGAGGCCCUUGGCAGGUUUCACAGGGCAUGCUUACCCUAGCCCCAGCAGGUGGCAUCUCUUAAGCCCUAAUGUUCAGAACAUAUGCCCUCCACCUUCCCAUAAACUGGCCCCUUCUCCCAUUACCUCCAACUGGGCAUCUGAAAUUCAGAACUGGGUUAUUUAUAGUCAAGCCCAGGGGAGGCGUGAGAGAGAGAGCUGUGUUUACAAACACAGGGUCACCUGAACCCAGAGGUCCAGAAGGCAGCUAGCGCUUCCUUCUACCCUUCCCUACAGACCAGGGUAGGGAGACAGGGUGUUAAGAGCAGGGAAGGAAGUGGGCGUAGGGGGUCUUUGAUGCUGGUGCACGUGACCCAACGUGUGUCGUAUGCAAAUUGUAUGCAAAUAAGACAGAUUUGGCCACUUAACAUGAUGUACAAGGAGCGACCCUCGCGGGGUUUCGUGGCCUGGUGGUCGGGUGCCCUGGCCCUGGCCAGGUCCCAGGGCCACCGGAGGAAGGGCCAAGUCUUACAAGUCCCUCCUUCAGCCUUGACCUAGCUCUGAUCUUACAGAAAGAAACUGUCAUCCAAGGGAAGGAGAGUUUUGCCCCUCAACCACUCAAGGACUCUGCCAGUCCAGCUCCCACGCCCCUGUCUGUUGUUGGGGAAGAUAGGUGUCGGGUUACCAGUCCAGGGGCUAUAGUUAGCCGCGGGGACUUUGUUCGGCAGUCCGGGAUCUGCGCAGCGCCUGCUGCCCGCACCUCAGCCCUAGUCUGCCGCAAAAAGGACCAGAGCCCUAGGCCACUCUCGCCUCCGCCACCUCCAGGUAGGUCCUCGUCCCCGCCCCGCCCCUCUCCAGGCGGAGCCAUAUAACUGCCCCACCUAUACCAUCGCAAAGAAGUCCUGGAGAGCCUGGGUGAGGGGCCGCCUAGUAGCGAUAGACUAGGGCUUGAGAUGGGGACAGUAAAGUCCGAAGCCCUGCCUAUGCUUAGACUUGUCCUUGGUCCCGCCCCAUAUCACUUUUGAAUUCCAGUCCUUAACUAAGGACCCUCUCAGGGUGCAGGAGGAAGGUCCUGGAGCCCAUCCAAGCCAGCACCCCGUCUCCACUGGCCUCAUUAUUAUCUGGAUCCUGCCAUCACAGGACUCCUCCAAGGAUGAUUCUGGAGGAUCUGCUGAUGGUCCUCAGUUGCCUCGGCCUGCACACCCUUUGGAAGGUCCAAGCUGUUCCGAUCCUGCCCCUGAGCCUGGUUCCAGACACUUUCGAUGAUGCCUACGUGGGUUGCUCUGAGGAGAUGGAGGAGAAAGCAGGCCUGCUGCUAAAGGAGGAGAUGGCCCGCCAUGCCCUGCUCCGGGAAUCCUGGGAAGCAGCCCAAGAGGCCUGGGAACACCGGCGGCACACGCUCACUCUACCUCCUGGCUUCAAAGCCCAGCACGGAAUAGCUAUUAUGGUGUACACCAACUCAUCCAACACCUUGUACUGGGAGCUGAACCAGGCUGUGCGGACAGGGGGUGGCUCCCGGGAGCUCUACAUGAGGCACUUCCCCUUCAAGGCCCUGCAUUUCUACCUGACCCGGGCCCUGCAGCUGCUUCGGGGCACCCGAGGCUGCUAUGGGGAAGAUGGGGAGGUGGUGUUCCGAGGCGUGGGCAGCCUUCACUUUGAACCCAAGAGGCUGGGGGACUCUGUCCGGUUAGGACAGUUUGCCUCCAGCUCUCUGGAUGAAACGGUGGCUCGUGGGUUUGGUAAUGCCACUUUCUUCAAUCUAAGGACUUGUUUUGGGGCUCUUAUCCAGGCUUUGUCUGUCUUCCCUGAGGAGCGUGAGGUGCUGAUCCCCCCACAUGAAGUCUUCUUGGUCACUGGGUUCUUCCAGCAUGGAGCCCAGAGCAUAGUAACUCUCUGGAGUUAUAAUCAGACCUGCAGCCACUUUAACUGCGCCUAUUUGGGUGGGGAGAAGAGGCAUGGCUGUGUGUCCUCAACAGCAGGAGGGCAGCCAGAGUCACCCUCCACAGAGGCCUUGGCUCUGCAAUCAGGGAAGACGCUGCUCUUGGCCCCUGGGGAGUUGCAGCUCUCGAGAGCUGGACCCUGAAAGCCUCUUGGAGUCUUGGGAACUGAUGACCUUUCCAUGAAGACGGGGCUUUGCGUGGCCUCGAGAAGCACGAGUGUGGUUCUGGUUCUAGUGCAGUGGGCUACCUCUCCAACCAGGGUUGGAGACCUGAGGCCAUGGCAGGGUUGAGGGAACCCCACUAUGUGGUGGGGACUUCCUAGGACAUGCAAGGUCAAGACUGGAUGACUACUCAAUUAAACGGAGUUGUGGUACAGCGA